AGUGUCGUCGCGACUACGCCGCCGCCAGCGACACGACACGCGCGCUCUACCACUAGGCUGGUUACGCGAUCAUAUGCUCAAACACAAAAUAAACUAACUAAAAGAACCUCAACCAGAGAGUUAAAGUUUUAUCAUUGUUUAUAACUUUAAGAAACAUUUUCAGUUCUAGUUGUACUUUGGUGUUAGAAAGAACAAAAGUUUGUGAUGUGCUAUGGCUAGACUGAGGGAUAAGAGGUGCGUGGGCGGUGAGCGCGCGCGGCUUGUGGUGGCGAGCUGCGCAUGGGCAUGCGCGCUGUUAGCCGUUGCAAGCGCUGAUGUAGACACGUCCACUGGUUUAGGGGAUAACACUCUCACUAAUUCAGUGGUUGAAGAGCCAGAAUUUACGGACGUGAUUCAAAAUGUCACCGUGCCUGCUGGCCGUAGUGUGCGACUGGCAUGCUCCGUUAAGAACUUAGGCUCAUAUAAGGUCGCCUGGAUGCACUUCGAACAGUCAGCGAUUCUAACUGUCCACAAUCACGUGAUCACGCGCAACCCUCGCGUGAGUGUGACGCAUGACAAGCACCGCACGUGGUUUCUACACAUAUCGGACGUGCGAGAGGAGGACCGCGGCAGAUACAUGUGCCAAAUCAACACCGUCACAGCUAAAACACAAUUCGGAUACCUCCACGUCGUAGUGCCGCCAACGAUCGACGACUCUCUGAGCUCUAGCGACGUUAUCGUCCGGGAGGGCGCCAACGUCACGCUGACGUGUCGCGCUAAUGGCUCCCCUAAGCCUACCAUCAAGUGGAAACGGGACGACAACUCAAAAAUAUCCAUCAGCAAAGGGCACACCGUGUCCGAAUGGGAGGGCGAAGUUUUGGAAAUGGCUCGCAUAUCGAGAUUGGAUAUGGGCGCUUAUCUGUGCAUAGCCAGCAACGGUGUACCGCCGACUGUUUCUAAAAGGGUCAAAGUUAGCGUUGAUUUUCCUCCUAUGCUAUGGAUUCCACAUCAGCUGGUUGGUGCACCACUAUAUUAUAACGUGACCCUGGAAUGUUUUACCGAAGCGCAUCCUACUUCUCUCAACUACUGGACCAGGGAUGAUGGCAACAUGAUCCAUGAGACCUCCAAAUAUCACAUGGAGAAUACUGUAGGCAUACCCGCAUAUAAGACGCACAUGAGACUUCUUAUAAGGCACAUUACUAAUGAAGACUAUGGAACAUAUAAGUGUGUAGCCAAAAAUCCUAGAGGGGAAUCGGAUGGAACUAUACGCUUAUACAUAUCGACUCCACCGACGACGACGCCCGACCCGCGCGCCGCCACUCUGCCGCCACCGUCGCGUCCGCCCCGACGAGAUACGCCACUCACGGACAAAGGAAACAAAUAUCAGUCUAACCUGAAUGAAAUUGAUAAGGGGAAACAGAAGACAGACGAGGGUGGUGGGAAGACGCAUCUCAACUGGGUCGGUGGAGCAUCGCAAGUCACAGGUGACGCUGAUUGGAGAAGAAGUUAUAUAUGGAUGGUGGUCCUAACUAUCAUAGCCAUAUAUUUUUAAGUUUUCUACACUUUAUCAUUUAUGGUUUACAAAAACACUGUCCAUUUUGUAUAUUAAUUGAAGGCUUAGAGCUUCUGCUGAUAAUAGCACUAGUUUGUAUAUAACAAAACAGAUUUUAGCUGGAUUAUUUUAAUUUUAUUUUGUGCAUUGUUAAGACGAUAUGCUAGUGGUAGUAAUAGUAUUGGGACUGUUAAGAAACUCACUUAUUGUAUUGUUAAUUAACAUUUAAUUACAAUUCUGCCGUCUCGUACCUAAACAGCAGUAAUAACAAAAACCAGAAACCAAAAACCCGCGUAAAGUUUAAAUUUUGUGUAUUUUAAACAAAUCACUGUUUAUUACCAAAUUUUAAGUGCAAAAUGUAAGAAAAGUUAGAAUAUUAAAAUAAUUCACAAAUUUCAGGUUGAAAACAUGACAAAUACAUUACUUAUAGUCAUAAUAGUUUUUUAAACCAUAUUACUACUUCUAGUUUUUAGCUAGAUCAUUUGUUUGACUGUUUAAAAUGCAGUAAAGUGAACUGUGACUGCAUAUUAGAUGGUAAUCAUAGCGUAUUUUCAGAUAAAUUUACAUUUUAGGCGCCUUUAUUUUAAAUGAAACGAAAAUAAAAUACUAUUAAUGGUCGUAGGAAAAAUGAAUAUAUUAGGCUUAUAGGGUUUAAAUUGGGCUUUUUUUUCUCCAUAUCGUCAUAUGAAGAACUCAAAAACGCAAAUUUUGCUGUUACUGUGAUUAAGGCUCGGAAAGGCAGAAUUGUAUUCGAAUGUACAUAC